AUGGCAAGUCAGAAUGCACAGAACCAGAAAGAACCAGCUGCUCAGAGACACCCUCCACCAGAAGAGAAUCCCAGGAUCAAAUGCAGAGACUGUGGGGCCUUUGGGCACACUGUAAGAAGCAAAAAGUGUCCUAUCAAGUGUUGGGAUGGGGCCAAGGCACCACUACCCUUGGGAGUAAAGAAGGAAAAGGAGAACUGGGACCCACAGAAGAAGCCACAGAAUCCCCAGAGUCCUGAGCCAGAGAAUGAGACAGAGAGAGAAGAGAGAGAAAGACUAGAGAAGAGGAAGAAGGCUCUCAUGCUCAGAUUUCCCAAGAAACCCCCAGAGAAGAAGCCACAGAGUUGGAAGGAUACGACACAUUCUGGUGACUAUCUGAGGCGCCCGAGCAGACCAACAUUCAUCCGUAUGAACAGGAAAUUAUCCGUGAGCCAUACUCAGGUUAGUGUGCCAGCAGACGAGAAAUCUGAUGGCCAGCCGUGCCAUACAGCACAUUCCACAGAAGACACUGAUAUUAUCUUCCCUCUUGAGGAAGAAGAAUGUCAGACCUGGGAUGUCCUUAGCGUGCCAAAACCAGCAUCUGGGCACAGCGAUGAGGACCCAGCUGUCUGUGAGAAUCCAACAGACCAAAGCACAGAGUGUUGCUUCUUCUAUCAAGUUCCAGAGGCUGCCUUCCAAGUACAGAAAAUGGAGUACAUGUUUAACAUGCAGCCAGCAGACCAGCACAGUGCUGAAGAUAAACAUUCCCACCUGUAUUCUGCUGCACAUACGGAUAGCCAGGAUAAUGAGCUCAGCUUCAAGGUAACCGGUGAGGUCCAUACCCAGAUUAUCCAAAACUCAGCAAAGAAAUUUCGACUAAGCUCCUACCAAACUCCCAAGAAGAGCACCAAAAGGCCUAUGUUGGAGGCUUUCCAUCCUGUGCCAUGUUCUAGUACCAGUAGUGUUGAACCAACAGGAUUACCUCAAAGGGCCAAUGUUGAACAACAGCCUCCGUACAACACAGCUCUCCUGAAUUUCACUCAGCCUUACACUGAGUCCCAUCAUCCACUGGCUAGCCACGUUCCAGUGCAAUCCCUCCGAAUGGUCUUCACUAGAUUGAGAAAUGACUGCUGGAGCUCCAAGAUCUUGGAAACUCCCUCGUACCGUGUUACUGAGAAGAAGAUAACUCCUGGUAAGAUUUCACUCUUCCUGAAGAGGUCUGGGGGGCCGUCUUCCUGGGUCCCUCGUAAGUAA